AUGGCCAUGAGUGGCUUGAGUAAGAUGGACAACCUUGGCUCAAGGAAACCAGCAGUGCUGGGGUCUCUUCACCUUUUAUACCUACCUAGUUAUACACCUCCUCAAGGUCUUUGGUUGGGAGCUGACAUCGUGAAGGCUUCUGUGGGGUUACGAUCAUCUUUACUUUUCUGCAUAAUUUUGGCUUUUUCUGAGCGAGAGUCAGUGUCCAUAAGGUGUACUUCUUCUACAUUCUGGGCUGUUGUUCCAUUGGCUCUACUUGGUCAAGGCCACCUCUUGCAUUCUGAUGAAGCGUCUCUGGGAACUGGCUCUCCUGUCACCAGCAUAACUGAGAAAGGGUAUGAGUUUAAUUAUCUUGUCAUUGAGUGUGGGAUUCGGAAAAAGGUUUUCUCCAGGGGAGUGAUUUUUUAUUCAGUGCUCUAUUGUAACAUAAUGCACAAAGGAGUCACUGGAAAAAUUCCUUUAAGGUGUAUUGUUUUCAGGGGAGUCUCAUCGUUUUUGGAUACCACUCCAAGCACUAUCAACAACAAUCUUACAAAGUUCAAAAAUGAUAUUCCCUCUGCCAGUUCUUGCUCUUCCUGGAACUUAACCAACCCUUGCCCGUUUGCAUUGCCUUGGAUUCCAUACUUCCAACACUCCUCGCCAUCCCAUCAGUCACUUCCACUUAAAAUGCCUCAUUCUUUAGUUCAUGAGAGUCCAAAUGUAGCUCUGUUCUAG